AUGUCUUCCGAAUCAUCAACAAAACCUAUCAUCUAUAUGAUCCGGCAUGGAGAGAAGCCCGCCGAAGUCGACGGGAAAGAACCAGAUGGGCUGUCUGCUCAAGGUAAAAAACGCGCAGAUGAUCUCCCCAACGUCUUUGGAGAGAAUUCGUCCUAUAAUAUCGGAUACAUUAUGGCAGAGCAUCCCCACCAUGACGGCAGUCGCGAUCGCCCUUAUAAGACUGUGAAGCCGUUGGCACAUGCACUUGGGCUGAAGGUCCAUAAAGAUAUUCAGAGAGAUGAUUACGUCGGAGCCAAAAAUGAAGCUUUAUCCUUUGAUGGUCCGGGGAAUGUGCUGCUUUGCUGGGAGCAUAAGUCCCUUGAAGGCAUUGCUAAGGCGAUUGGUAUUCAGGGCUAUGCAGCACAGACUGGGUGGACUGGGGAGGUAAAAUAUCCUGGCGAUAGGUUCGACUUGAUUUGGGUUGUGCCGCCGCCGUACACGGAGAUCACAGUGGUAGGAAGUGAGCUAGUUCCGGGUUUGGAUGAUGGAGUUCAUGUCAACGCCAAUGGAGAUGUUCCCCCUCCUUCGGCUGACUGA